CCUUCAGCUCGCUCAUAUAUUGCUCCUGUGCAGCAUAGCUCGACAUAACAAUCCAGCGGGGGCUUUGCUGCAUUGACGGCAACCCGAUCUUUGAAUACUAUUCACUUAGCACUUGACAACGCGAUCCAAUUAUCACAUAUUUGAACCCAAUGGCAGCAGGCCAGGAGACGGUCUCCUUCGACCAGAUCAUUCGAGCUGGCCGACAGCAGAAACGAGACAGCGCUCUGGCAAAUGAGAUAUUAGGCAAGUCACGACGGGCCAGUGCGCCUGGUGUAGCAAGUGGGCGUAGGUCUUCUUCCAGCCUUGCUGCGCGGAUAGGACCUGCUCCAGUGAAGAGAUCUGCAACAGGCGUAUACAAGCCCGAGCCGCCCAAGCCCAAUAUCGAAGGCAGAUGGAACCACGACCUGCACCAUGUGAAUAACCCCAAGGCAUCACGGGUAUCCAAGCUCCACCGAAGCCAAUCCACGCCACGCAUCGGACGAGAAUAUAACGCGAACAAGCUGUUCAGCGCAUUGAAACCAAACUCGCUCAGCAACGCGGGAAACCAAGCCGUUGUGCGCAAUGCAACCGCUUCAGGUGUAAGCCCAUUUGCCGCUGGCAUCAGCAUUCGAGGAGCCGCAGGGCCAUUUGCGGUCAGAGCAAGCAACUUCGCACCGGGUACUACAGCAGAUGACAUCCAGGCGGCGCUGCUGGGCAUGGGCGUGGAGAGUCAAGGAUGCAGGAUCAUGACGGCUCGGCCGACAGUCAUGGCAGAACUUGUGUUCAAUGACAAGGGGGAUGCGGAGAAUGUCAUUGCUCAGCUGAAUGGCCAAAAGGCCGACGGCCGAAUCCUCCACGUAUACAUGAAAGAUGGCCGACCUUCCCCGGCAUCAGUUGCCACGCAUCAUCGGCCGCAUCUGCCACAUUCUACGACGCCCAGAGAGCGCGCAGACAUCAACAUGGAGGACGAGAGACAAGAGUACCAAGAUGGUCGUUACGGAUACAGUGGCUCGCAAGGUGGCGGGGGCAGUGGCCUUUACAGCGAUUCUUUGGUCACUAGCAGGAGAAAUUACCGGUGAUCGUGGUGCUGAAAAAGCGGGUUGGGUCACUAGACAGACUAUAGCCCAGCACAGCCCAAAGUAUCGUUCUAAACAGGCUUCCUUUCGUGUCAUAGCACACGUCCUUUUCUUUUUUUCUUCUUCUUUCCUACUAGUCGUGAAAUCCCCCCCCUUUUUUUUCUUUGGUCCCUUCUCGUAUCAUCCAUUGCGCACAAGCUUUUGCUGGAUAUUUCCUUUUACAAUAUGAGGCUCAUGUAUCUGUUUCCGGGCCCCUGAAUGGCUGAAGCUAUGGCUGGGGCUUGGACAAUAUCCAAUUUGUAAAACAGGUCGUUCUGGUGUUAUAUUACGCGUGAGAGAGAAACCAGCACAAUGAA